AUGCCUCCCUUCGACGUCGAGCGGCAAUAUGCGGAGGGAGGAAGCAUGUCUGCAUACCAGCUUCAGUCGUCUCGCAGAUUUGUGACGCAGCUCUUCGACGCACUCGGCGUGCAUGCCGGUGGCGAGCACGACGCCGCCGUGGCACGGAACAAGAAUCCCCUCGAAGGUGCGGGUAGCGAGGCGAAAAAGCAGAUGUUGGCAUUGCACGUUGCAUUCCCCAACGAGCUGCUGCCUGCGCUGGACCUCCUCGACCGGUCACUAGUGACACGAUUCCACAUCCGCCGCGACACUCAGGAUCAAGCGGAAGGAGCUGCGCCCCAGGACAUACGUGGACACGUCGAAGCCCGCCCUGCAGGAACAGCAGGCAACAACGAUAACGAACACAUCACCGCCGGCCCGCACCCGCAUGCAAGGCCGGCCCACGGACUCGGUCGGCCAGCCUCAUCCGACGCCGAAAUGCGCGAGGCGCCACCCCCGGGUGUACCGGACGAUGAAGGAAGAAGCAUGCUGCACCAUGCGCGGAACGAGGCGCUGGACACGGUGUACUACGUUCGCUCCGCGCAGCAGCGCUCCUCCCGCUAUAGCACCUCCUUCGACACGCUCACGUCCUACGAGGUCCGCCUCCGCGCGUGGAACUGCUCCUGUCCUGCGUUCGCGUUCUCCGCUUUUCCGCCUGUGCAUCCCGAGCCGUCUGUGCCUAUGUACGAACCGGGUCCUGGUAGACAAGCGGAGGGGGAUGAAUGGAGUUUUGGGGGAGCGAGCCUGGCGGACGGUAUACCGCCGGUGUGUAAGCAUUUGCUUGCUUGUGUGCUGGCGGAAAGGUGCGAGGGGCUGUUUGGGGGAUGCGUGGAGGAGAGGGUAGUUGGCGUGGAGGAAGCUGCUGGGUGGGCGGCUGGAUGGGGAGAUUGA